AUGAUAUCAGGAAUAAUAAUAAAAGCAGCAGUCGUUGGCAUAAUUAAUAUUAAUCCCACAUUUAGAGCUUUAUUUUGUAUUCUUGCUAUAUUUGCAGCAUCACCUACUUGUCUUGAAAUCAAAGGAAGAAGUACUGUGCCAAUAGCAGUUCCUAUCACUCCUUGUGGCAGUUGUGUUAAUCUAUCAGCAUAAUAUAUAUAAGACACUGCAUUCGGUAGAAAACUUGCCAUGAUCGUAUCAAUCCAUACUCCUAUUUGAGUCACACAAUUGUUGAUUACUGCAGGUAUUAUACGCCUAAAAAAUAAUUUUACUUUACUGCUUGAUUUUAGGCUAAAAGUAAAAUUUGCCCUUAGUUUAUAUGCGCUAAACAACAUCAACGAUAAUUGGAGUAUUCCACCUACUAAUACAGCUAUAGAGAGAUUAUGUGCCGGUGUUGCAACAUAAGGUACAAAUAGGCUAACAAUUA